AUGGCUGACAUUAAGAAAGCUUGCGUGGCCUCCCUGGCAACAGUGCCCCUUGGAAGAACACCCAAGGAGGCCCAAAACGGCAAGGACUUCUACAAGUACUUGUUCACCAAUCAUCAGGAUCUUCGCAAGUACUUCAAGGGAGCUGAGAGCUUCUCUGCUGACGACGUUCAAAAGAGUGACAGAUUUGAAAAACUCGGAACCGGAUUGCUGUUGUCCGUGCACAUUCUAGCGAACACGAUCGACAACGAAAUGGUGUUCCGCGGCUUCUGUCGCGAUACAAUUGACAGGCAUGUUGGCAGAGGCCUCGACCCCUCUUUGUGGAAGGCGUUCUGGGGUAUCUGGUGCGCAUUCCUAGAAAGCCGUGGACAAAGCGUGGACAAGGGAGCAUGGGAGAAGCUUGGAACUAUGUUCAACGAUGAGUGCCAGCAGCAACUCGCCAAGCACGGACUUCCUCACACGUAA